AAUUUAAAUUGUUUUAAGGUUAUCUCUAUUUACACCCAAGUUAUUCAAUUCUAAAUUUCGAUGUGGAAUAGCCAUUCAAACCAGCGUGCGGUUUUGUUUUUUCUCGGAACAUAUUCGGGCCGCACCUCCCCGCGCGCGCGGAAGGCUUGCGGCCUUGCGGUGGGUCAGGGGGGGGGACGUGGUGUGGGUCAAGCAUCCCCCCUCCUAGUGUACCCCCCCUCCGCCCCUGCCCCAUCCCGGGGGAACCCCACGGCCCGCGAGAAGGCGCGUGAGCUCAGACGACGUCUCUCCGCCGAGUUGAGUGUGCGCAGACCGCAGCCUCGGCACAGCCCUUCUGCGCAGGCGAUGAGCGACACGCAGGCGCCCGGGCUCAUCCGGGCCGUGGGCCCCGUGCAGCAGUUCUACUGCGGCCGCAGCGUGCUGCUGACGGGCGCCACGGGCUUCUGCGGCAAGGUGCUGCUGGAGAAGCUGCUGAGGAGCUGCCCGGGGCUGGAGCGCGUCUACUUGGUCGUGCGGCCCCGCCGCGGUCGGGACGAGGGAGACCGCGUGGCCAACCUCCUCAACCAGCCGCUGUUCGGGCAGCUGGGCCGGGGGGAGCUGGGCAAGGUGGUGGCGGUGUGCGGCGACCUCUCGCGGCCUGGCCUGGGACUCAGCCUGGAGGACAAGGAGAUGCUGUGCCGCCAGGUGUCCAUCAUCUUCCACGUGGGCGCCUCGGUGCGCUUCGACGACGAGCUGUGCAGCGCCUUGGCCACCAACGUGUGGGCCACGGAGGCCAUCGUGAAGCUGGCCAAGAGCAUGGACCACCUUAAGGCGCUGGUGUGCGUGUCCACGGCCUACUCCAACUGCAUCAGCGAGGAGGUGGAGGAGCAGGUGUGCAAGCCGCUGGCCGACCCCGAGGACCUCUACAAGCGCCUGGCGACCAUGUCCGAGGACGAGCUGGCGUCUUUCCAGACGAUGAUCCUCAGCAAGUGGCCCAACACGUAUACCUUCACGAAGGCGUUGGCCGAGACGGUGGUGAAGGACACUUGCGAGACCCUCCCAGUCGCCAUAUUCAGACCGUCGAUCGUGACGCCCGUGUGGAGGGAGCCCGUGGUCGGCUGGCUGGACUCGAUGAACGGGCCCACGCUGAGCCUGAUGGGCGGCGCGCUGGGCAAGAUGCGCUGCGGCAUGGUGAAGCUCAACAACAACACCGACAUGGUGCCCGUCGACAUGGUGGCCAGCGGCAUCAUCGCCACCGCGUGGGACGUUUCCUCGUCCGGCGACCGGAAGUCGCCCAAGGUGUACAACUUCGUGUCCGGGGCAAGGAACCCCAUCACGUGGAGGCAGUUCUACGGCUUCGCCAAGAAGUACAACAGAGUGUACCCGAGCGCCGACGCCAUGUGGUACUGCAUCUCCAUCUUCACGCAGUUCAAGUGGCUGUACAUCCUUCUGUCGCUGCUGCUGGAGCUCCUGCCAGCCGUACUUAUGGACGUCCUGCCGUACCUCAGCACCGGGAAACACAAGAACAUCGACCUGUACAUGAGGGCCAGGCGCUUCCUGCACCUGGUGACCUUCUUCUCGAUGCACCAGUGGAGAUUCCACGACGGCAACGUGGUGGACCUCCUGGCGAGGAUGUCGCCCGAGGACAAGGCGGCGUUCCCUAUGGACGUGACCGACAUCAACUGGCGGGAGUACGUCCGCUGCUACGUGCUGGGCGUGAGAGAGCACAUGCUGAAGGAACCGUUGAGCAACCUGCCGGCUGCCCGGAAGAGGUACUUCAGGUUGUUUCUCCUCCACCAUGCUCUGAGGGUGGUUCUGUGGACUUCGCUCGCCACGUGCUUGGCCUGCUUCGCGUGGAAGUGCGUGUGAGGGGAUGGACCAGUCGACGGGGAGAGACUGCAUCCCCAUCCUUCUGACUCCCUGCCCACACACUCUGGAGGACAUUCCAGCAAGCACAGCGCCGCAGCGCCGCGCCUGAUCGUUCGACGACUCCACCUCUGGACAUCAGCUUCCUCCAUUCUCCUCCUUAACCUCCUCCUCCCGCUUUCACAGGCCCAUCUCCGAUCUUCGCGUCACCAUAGUUUACAUUCCAGUUCAACGGUGGGACCCUCUUACCUCUCUCGCCACCAAAUUCAGGCUGAACACUCAAAAGUUGUCUUGUUACGUUUGAUUAAAAAUAACAGGCGUUGAUUUUCUAACCAAACAGAAAUUUUUAAUGCACUGUUAGUUUGGAACCUUGAGAGAAUGUUUCCCAUUGUCACGCAUGAGUCACAAAGUAUAACAAAUGAAGGGACAACGAAAACAAAAAAAAAUAACACAUUGCAGACCGAAUAAUCUACCAGACAUAAAAAGACUCUGCACAAUGUACAGUUAUGAUAUUUUCCCAAUAUGUAUUCAACCAAUGAUUUAAAAAAAAAAUCCAGUCAAAUACAUUUAAUUUGGAGCAAUUAUCAACUUUUGUGCAUGGAUAAUAAUUGAUUGAUUUUUUUUAUAGAGCUAUGUAAUUUAGUACGUCAAUUGUGCUAAGAAUUAGGAAGGAUUUUUACAACAGUGUAGCAAGUCAGCCAAUUCCUGAUUGUGGGACACGUGCUAUUAGUAAGCAAUACACUUCAUUCACGUACUGUCCAAGAACCAAUUAUUACUUGCAGUACCAGCAACCGUGAUCAAAAUUUGUAUUCUCCACUGUGGUAUUACUGUAUUUAUUUUUAUUUAUUCAGACUUAAUUUUCACACCGUGGUAGAUGUGCAGUGGAUAUAUAUCGUUACAGUUUUGGUUCUUGGUUCGCUUAGCUUAGUGAGAGACAGCUGGAAACUUGUGUUAUGUUUGAGGUACAGACACAGAGGACAGAUAAGAAACCAUGAACCAACUAGACGUUCUUAGUAUGACACACAAUAACUUUUAACAUGCUUGUCUCAUUCAAGGUUAGCCGGUGAUGGCUAUAUCUUUGCUCAUUGGAUGCUGUGAUGUUAUAGUGAAUGUUAUUUUACUCAGUGAUACUAUUUAAAUGCUUGUGUUUGUUUGGUUGAUUAUACAUUACCUGUUCUUACCACACACCACUGAAUAGAAAAUUUAAAUAGCUAAACUACAAUUUUAAGUCUAUGCCUGUGUACUCACUUGUAAUCAGGGCUAUAGUUUCGCUUACAAAGUGUUGUUUUUUUUUU